GCGCUCUCCUCCUUUCACGAACGGUUCUGUUGACAGUAUUCUGACACUUCGGCUCUAAGAACUCUUCGUCUCGUCUUUGUUUCACGAUGUAACUUUUACUUCUGUUAAAGGACAGCAGUGUCGAAGGAGUUGUUGGUGUUAUGAAUAAGUAUGAGGUCGGCCGUCAGAUUGGAGAGGGAGCGUUUGGUAAAGCCUUUCUGGUUCGAGACAAAGGUGAAGGUGAAAGUAGACAGUGUGUGGUCAAACAGAUCAACCUCAGAAAGAUGUCAGCGAGGGAAAAGGAAGCAUCGAAGAAAGAGGUUACUCUGCUAUCCAAGAUGAAACACCCAAACAUCGUCACCUUUAUCGACUCAUUUCAAGAGAGGGGCAGCCUUUACAUCUUGAUGGAGUACUGCGACGGAGGAGAUUUAAUGAAGAAGAUCAACAUGCAGAGAGGAGUCUACUUUUCUGAGGAGCAGGUCAUUAAUUGGUUUGUUCAGAUUUGCCUCGGACUCAAACACAUCCACGACAGGAAGAUCCUUCACAGAGACAUCAAAUCUCAGAAUAUCUUCCUCACCAACGGAGGGAUGAAAGUGAAGCUGGGGGACUUUGGAAUCGCAAGAAUGUUGAAUAACACCAUGGAGCUGGCCAGGACUUGUGUCGGGACGCCGUAUUACCUCUCCCCAGAGAUCUGUGAGAAUCGACCCUACAAUAAUAAGACGGAUAUCUGGUCUCUGGGCUGCGUCCUGUAUGAACUCUGCACCCUGAGGCAUCCAUUUGAGGGCAGCAGUCUGCGGCAGCUGGUCAGCAAAAUCUGCAGGGGGCACUACAACCCCGUACCAAACCGUUACUCCUACGAGCUCCGCCUGCUGGUCACACAACUGUUCAAGGUGAACCCCCGGGAUCGUCCUUCAGUCACUUCAGUCCUCCGACGUCCCUUCUUAGAGAAACUGAUCAGCAAACACCUGGACCCCCAGCUGCUGCAGGAGGAGUUCAGCCACACGGUUCUGCAUCGACACAGAGCUGCAGUGUCUCAGGAGGCUAAAAGGAGACCAGAUAACACAGCAGAGAAGAUCCAGAAGGCCAAAGCAGCAGAAAGGCCAGGGGUGGCUGUAAAGAAACUUCCUGCUAAAGCAGAGUGGAGAGUCCCACUCAGAGCCUACAGCCCUGCAAACUACAGACCUCUUCAUCAGAGAGCAGCACAGGCAGCUGCCGACAGAGAGAACCAAAGGUUAAACGAGCAGCAGCAAGGGAGCCAUUACCAACACUACCACGCAGAGCUAGACGCCCUACAGAGGAGGAGGAGGGAGGAUGUCCCUCUUCCUCUUCAUCCUCCUCCUCAGGACAGAGAGAGGCAGCAGCAGGAAACUCCCUCUGUGGAGCCAUACCAGAUCGUGGCUGCAGCUCGUCAUGAAUACCUGCAGAGGAGACAUGAAGCAAACCAGUACAAACUGAGAGCAGAGAAACAGCUGGGUCUUCGUCCGUGUACGGCAGAGAGAAACAGGAAGCCUGGAGGUCAGGAGCAGGAAGGUGGAUGCUCUGAACAACAGCAUGAAGCUCAGGACAAGAAGCAGGACGGACAGCAGGAGUACCUGCGUCAGCUGGAUCUAAUCCGACAGCAGUAUCAUCAGGACAUGAGACAGAUGAGGCAGAGAGCUGAAGCUGAGGCUAAAACACAGCACACACAUGGGACCUUUGUGGUGGAUAAACACAGAGAUUCUGAACCUUCUCCUGAAAAUAAAGAGCAUCAGAAAGCCUCACCUGUACAGGACGUUGAAGAGGCUCUGAAGCAGAUCAGAGAGGAGAACAGAGACCAGAGGAGAGCUCUGGAGAGGAAAGACAUGAAGGGAAUCAUGUUUGAGAUCAGGUUGCACGAUGAAGAGGAUGCCACUGAGAAGAAAGAGGGAAAGAAGGAUCAGAGGGACGAUGGAGGACCAAAUAAAGAUGAGGACGCUGACCCUCUGAAUCAGACUCUUAGCUUCCAGCAGGGAGAGGAGAUGAAGCUCAGGGAUUGGUCAGAGGAGGCGAGGAGGGGGUGGAGUCAGAGGAUGCCUCAGACUCUACUGGAUGCACUUGGAAACAUGGAGGUCUACUCUGUCUACAACACUACCAUCGAGGCAGAAGAAGGUGAAGAGGCGACAGGUCGCAGGCAGUGGGCUGACGGCCCCCCCAACACCCUGCUGAACGCCCUCGCUGAAGCUGAACUCACAACGUCGACCCUGGAUUCAGUGACCGCAGAUUUAGAGGAUGGGGCAGAAGAGAUGGACGAGAGAGAGGAGGGGAGAAAAGGAGAAGAUGAGGAGGAGUCAGAUGUGGAGAUGGAUGAAGAGCGUCUGGAGCCGAGGUCAGACGAUGACGACACUAAUUUUGAGGAGUCAGAGGACGAGCUGAGGGAGGCAGUGGCAGACUCCAUGAAGAAUCUGUUUGUGAUGGAGGACAGCAGCUCAGAUGACCUGGAGGAAGCAGAGGAGGAUUCUGGGAAGGAGGAGAGAGAGGAUGCUGGAGCAGAUGUUACAAAAGAUCAGACAGAGACAGAGGAUCCAGGUAGAGGCGAUGCUGCUAAAAUGACCGAAGUCAUCUCACCUGAGCCUGAAGAAGACGUCAGUCUGUCUGAUCACAUGACAGCAAACGCACAGCAACAAGCCAGCUAAAAAACAGACUUUAAUGUUGGACAAGAGACAAAAAGAAACAUUUCUUCUCUCCUUAUUCAGCUUGAACUAAGCUCCACUACAGUUUAAUCCAAAUGAAAAUGUUUAAAUUAAAAAGAAAAAAACUGAAAAAAACCCUUAGUGCGUGCUGUGUUUAUGACCUGCGAGUUCACAUUAAUCAUGUAAAAACAAAUAAAUAGUUCCUGUUAGGACCAGUAUCUGACCCUUAGUCGAACCCUCACUCCUCCUUGGUUCCUGUUAGUCAGAAAAAACCUCUUUUAGCCAGACUCCUCUCUUUUAACACAUUUUUUUACUGACUUUGAUCUGAUAUAAAUUAAUCUGAUUCCUAGAUAAAGUUGUCCUCAGUAAAAGAAUAAAGCCAGAGAUAAAGCUGGGUGUAUGGGGAUAAAAUGUCAGAGUGUGAUACAGACAUGAUUCAUAAAGAGAUAAAUAAAUUCUUGUUUUGACUUUUUUGGUUAUUUUUAGACUUAAACAGAAAUAUUUAAUGUCAGAACUCUCCUGAUCCAUCAGCUUCAACGC